AUGGAUGUCUUCGUGCAAAAUCUAUUCAAUGGCAUUGACAUACCCGAUGAUAUUUCGGAAAUUGGCAAAAUUAAUAAUGCUGCACCCAAACAUGAAAAUAAUGCGACACCAGAUGUGAACAUUCACGUGCAACAGCAGACACCGUGCCAACAAACGCAAACUCAGGACAAUGCAAACGCAUGCCAGACGCAGAAGAGGGUUCCUGUCAUAACUGCAGGACUCUCUGCCGUCACGCAUGACGGCGGGUUCGCCAGACCCACUAAACGGCCAGUAUUCGACGUCAAGGCGCCCUUUAUCGCACCAAAACCUUGUCAAACACCAUCACAGCCUGAGGCAGUGCCACCAAAGCGACCGGUUGAGGAACCUACGAAAACUAAACGCGAAGAAACUCGCACUUCAUCAGCCAAUAGUAGAAAGUUACAGCAUACUGUCAAGAAGACCAUCGCAGAGCGAUUUCCAUUGAGGGGGCCUGCAGGAAUACGUUCCUACCGCAAUCUCGCUCUACGGGGAAUCGUCCAAGAACUCUGCUGGGAGAGAGAAGCACGCUUGGGUAAAGGCCCUUGCUAUGCUAGACGCAAACAGAAGUAUGCAGAUUUUCCGCAGCAUUUCUCCGUUAGCGAGUACGUAACGAAGAAAUACAACAUCAAGUGGAUCAUAAACGAGGCUGCCAUACGCCACGUUGGAUUCAAAAUGGACUGGCUGGUGGUAUUCGUACUUUCUCAGCGUACGCUGGGUUUACAGGUCAUGUUUGCAUUCAUGGACAAAACUGGUCAAAUGCUUGGAUGCAUGAACGAGGAACUGCAUUUGAAACUAAAAACCCUGGAACCGGGGUGCGCACUCAUACUAAAAAACGUAAGCCGCAAUGGGGAGGUCUGA